UCUAACGCACUGCAAACCAGCAGCACACAUGAAAAAAUACAAAACAAGACUUGAUCUCUUAAUAAAGCUGCAGCUGAUUAUUGCUAGAUAAGAGCUGAAUGACACCUAAGCCUAAACCUCAAACUAGUGUAUGACAUGUUACUUUAUUUAACUAUUUAUUCACUGUGGAGAUGACGGUAUACUUAUGUGAGGAUUUCACAAUGGAUUUAUUAUUAUAAGCUCACAGGCCCCGUUUGCCAGGCAUGUGACCCAGACUCGGGACAACCGUCCUGACGGGCCACAUGAGCUUCUGUUAUCCUGCUUUUUACCUGCGUUAAGCUGAUGGAGUGAUAAAUAACACAAAUAUCAGAUGCUGCUGGAAAAAGUGAAGCUCACUGUGAAGAAGAUGAUGUGAAUCUACUGUGACAGGAAGAAGAAAGGAGGGGUCUGCUUCCACUGCACCAAGGAGAAGGGGCCAAGGAGCAGAGAAAACACCUUAAACUACACUCGAAGGUAGGACCACUAAUAAUCACCAUUUUCUACUUUGUUUAGAUCAUUUUGAAUAUCAUCUUUUGGAUAUUAAGUACAAAGAAUUGGAGCUCAUUAAGACACUUUAGAGUAGCAUAUAGUGUAUCGUCAUGUGAAGGGGUGCUUUAGUCCUUACAGCUGUUGGUCAAGACGGCUCUCAAUGGAAGUCAAGGUUUUAAUGAUGUCAUAGUCUGAGUUGAGAAGUGGGACGGGUCUACAACUGCAUCAGCAGAUUUGUAUCAAUGAACACAAGAUUGUUCAGCUUUCACGCCUUUCAGAUGACUGGCAUGAAUUUGCUUCACUUUUUAUGUGGCGAUGUUUCAGUUACAAGUGUGAUGUGCAUUUCACUUUAUGAACUACGUAUCUUACUGAAUAAUGUCUGGAAAUUAACUUUAAGUUUCCCUUAAAUGUUGCACAUAGCACUAAAUAUCCCUUGGUCUUUAUAUUUUUUUUGGAUUCAACAGCGUGGGCUCUGUGAAUGGUAAUGUAAUAUAUCUAUAUAACAGCAAUUUAAUGGAUUGCCAUGAGAAUUUCUACAGACAUUCAUGGUCCUCAGACGAUGAAUCCGAGUGAAAUGUUUAAACAAUUAGGCUGAAUUGAACUUGGUUCAGACAUUCAUUUUCCCUUUUCUUUGGUGAUCCUCAACAGUUGCCACCAUCACAUCGUCCAAUACUUUGUUUUAUAACCAAAUACUUCCAAAACUAAAUACAAAAACUCUAUUAGUUAACAUUACAUAACAUGUUAGCAUGUUGAAAUGAGCAUUUAACUUCAAGUACCUCUGUACCUAAAUACUGUCUCACAGAGCAGCUAGCAUGGCUGUUGAAUCUUAUUCUUGUUACAGGAUGCUCUUGAGAAAAUAUUCUGUUUCUGUGGAUUACCGUUACCUCACUAUAAAGUCAGAAUCGCAGAGAACUCGAAGUUUGUGAGACAAUAAUGUUUUGAUAGCACAGUGGUGAUGACUCAAUGCAGCUCAGUGUCCCGGAGUCUCUCUCUGGCCUUUUCUUGUGAGCCCCCUGAUGCAGUGACGUCAAAGUGCAAAUGAAAGGUGCUCCGAGUCUGAAAAGGCAACUUGUGCGGUCGAACAUUCCCUCCCACAUGCCAUCUGCUUUUACCCGAGCCCUGGGCACACGUGCCAAAGGAGACCCGCGAGCAUAGAGACCUUCUUGUCGCCACUGAGCUGGCUCUGUCCGUCCCUCUGCCUCUUCACUGUGCAAUCUGGUGCAUGGCACUGAUCAUUGCUCACUGCCAAGCCUGCUUUAGUCCAAUGUAUGGGGGAUGUCAGGUUGUGUCUACGUCACAAGUGGUCUGAUACUCUUUCCAAAUAUGAAUGAAAAUAUGUCAAAUCCUUUAUGAUGAGGAAUAUGUUUAUACAAACUUUUCAAUUUUAAGUUGGAUUCAUGAUUCGACUUCCAGAUACAAAUCUUCAUUCCAAGUUUAAUUUCAUCUGUAGGUAGAGCCACCUCAUUUUAUCCCCCCUCCUUCCUCACCACCAGGCUAUUGUUUGGCCCAGUCAGUGCUGGUUUGUAUAUGCAGCGCUGUGUGGAUGCCUGGAAGCCUACACAGAUCAGGACUCUGUCGACAGCCUUGAGAUGUCUUUUGUCUUACACAAAUACAGCUUCUCCUGCGACUUUGGCACUUUUUCGAGAAAAGAAAACUGCUGCUUCCCCCAAUAGGAUUUUCUCAGCUGAAUGGUAAUGACCUUUUCCUCCUCUGGGGAUAUGCAUGUGAAUAGCUGAGUGUAGAAAAAAAAAAGUCUUACAAAACAGAGAAUAAGUUCUAAUUGGUAUAAUGGAAAAUCUGGGAAAUCUGAAAAUACAGGUGGUGUGAGAAGGGAGUUAUUAAACAUAAAGUAUUUCAUAGCAGAAGGUCAACAGUACAAAGUAAUAGCCAAAUUGUUAAUGAAAAACAUUGAAAUGCCUAUUUCCAUCCUUUGUCAGAGCUAUUAUGCUGGAGUCAUGUGACUUGAGAUUUGCCACAUGCAAAAUUCAUAUGAGAGAAACAAACAUUGCUUUCAUUCUCUCCAGUCAACAAUAAAGCCCACAUUUUCAUGUCAUCAAAACCAACAAGAAUGCAAAAGCUUGUUGCUUUGAGAACUAAAAAAGCCAGGCUCAAGAAAAAUAUGACCUGCCUUUCUCAAUCCAAUUCAUGUAAAAAUACCCCAACUGUAAUGAAUCCAAACCUUAAUUUGAUUUCUGGAGAAUAUCCGCUUGUUUAUUGUGUGAACAAACUUUGAGACUGUGUUUCAUUGAGAAGGAUUGUUGAGAAUCGUGAGAGCCUUGUCGGAACAGUGAUGUGGGUGAGGAGUGGGUGGAGUAUGGCGCUCAUUCAUUAUUCAUGAGAUGGGUGGGCAGAGUGUAAGUGGCAGUGACAGACAGAAACUUUAUUACUGAAGUGCAUCAACUCUUCUAGGGGUUCUUGACCUGAUAUCUGAAGGACAGAGGCUCUAAUUGGUAUACUGCAUGAACAAGAAUCAUUUUGUUGAGAAAAAUCGUUGGAAUUAUUGAUGCGUUGGGGAAGCCAACGAGAUGGGGAGGACAGAGCCCUGAUUUGAGAGCGGUAGGUACUGACAACUUGUUGUUCUAGUCAUACUAACAUGACUUGUGGUUCAUUGCAUAUUUACAUUAAUGAUGUGGUAAACAAAGAUUUGAAAAGUCAUCUAAUAGAACUACAUAUUGACUCCACAGACAUUCAGGGAGUUCAUUAUCAUGACAGCUUGAGACACAGUUUAAUCACCUGUUCUUAUAUUUGUGUGAUAAACUAUUCUCUUGGAGAAUGUGAUACAGUGGUGUGAUCUAAGUGGUGGAGAUGUUAGUGGUGGGAAUAACUAAGUACAUUUAUACUCAAGCAUUGUACUCAAGUACAAUUUUGAGGUAUCGAGUAUUUUCAUUUGAUGCCACUUAAUGCUUCUACUCCACUACAUUUCAGAGAGACCUUUUUUUACUUUUGACUCCACGGCGUUUACCUGACAGCUAUUACUUUCCAGAUUAAGAAUUUUUAAAAAAAACAUUGAAGCUACAAUACAUUGUGUAGAGGGAUUAUCCCCUCUAAACUUUGAAAUGGUUUCAUUUGUUUGACAUUCAAAGGGUUAUUGAAUUAUUCAAUAUUCUACAAAAAAAAAAAACAAGAUUAAAGGUUACUCCCCAAAAUGAAUACCAAUUUAUGUAUCAGAACUUUUUUUCUUCUUUUCUCUCCCAUUUAUCACAACAGAACCCCUCAGAUUAACUGUGUGACUCUUUGGAGGCGGCCUGACCCCUAGGUUGAGAAACCCUUGAUUGAACUACAACUAGCCACCUCGACUUACAGCAGUAAAAAGUUGCCUAAACAUUAGUGCAUGAGUUAUAAUAAUGUAAUUGUAAUUGAUGUAUAAUAAAACAGUUGAAGGAGACAUUUUUGCAUUUCAGCAGAAUGAGUGCAGAAUGUAGUUUUACUUUUGAUACUGGAAGUACAUUCUACUGAUACUAUAUGUUCUUUUCCUUGAGUAGGAUUUUGAGGGACUUUUACUUACUAAUGCCACCAUUCUUACAUUGCGGUAUUACCUUUUCCACUACUGUGCAGAUGAUUUGUGAACCACUAAUACAAUCCAUUGUAAGAAGUUUCAUUUACAGUAAUUUGUGCUGGAUUUUAUCUGCAUGACAUGACUGUGUUGUAGAUAUCCUGUAUUUUUCUUAACUCAAUUUGAGAACAGGAGAGCUGGUGAAGGAAUAAGUUGCUUGGUUCCAUGUACUGUAAAGAUGGGGACACUGGUCGAACCAGCACUGCUGCUUCUUUUAUGGCAGAGUGUUUGGGCUUUGGACAUACCUCUGGAAAUCAGACAGCCCCCGACCAUCAUAAAGCAGUCGAUGAAGGAGCAUAUUGUUGACCCCAAAGACACCAUGGUCAUAGAGUGUGAAGCCAAAGGAAACCCUCAUCCCAUUUUCUCAUGGAGACGUAAUGGGAAGUAUUUCAACGUGGCACGUGAUGCUCAAGCUUCGAUGCGAAGGCGUUCAGGGACUCUGGACAUCUAUGCCUGGAACAAUCCAGAACAGUAUGAGGCAGAGUAUCAGUGCAUUGCCUCCAAUGAGUAUGGAUCUGCAUACUCCAACAAGAUCAGACUACGGCUAUACAGAGCUCCUGUUUGGCCAAGGGAGGUUCUGGAGCCUGUGGUGGUCAGCGCUGGCUUGCCUCUGGUCCUGUCCUGUGACCCGCCGGUAGGCCCGCCGAAACCUGAAACUUACUGGAUGUCCAGCUGCUCAUAUGCGAGACCUUUCAACUGGCCAGUUCAGACAGCUUUCCCCACCAUGCAGCCUGUGCGGCCGGACCGCAGGGUAUCUAUGGGAGUAAACGGAGAUCUGUAUUUCUCUAACGUCCUGUUCAACGACUCUGCCGCCGAUUACUGCUGCAAUGCCCGCUUCCCCUACAGGAAUGUCAUCCAGCAGAAGAUGCCUGUGGUCGUUAAAGUGCUUACAACUCGCACAGUAGCCGAGGCUGCCCCCACCUGGCUGUCUCCCACAGGCUCGUCCAGCUCCAUACUGGUCCUGCAAGGGGAAGAACUUCUCCUGGAGUGUAUCGCUGCAGGAGUGCCAACUCCUCGUAUUACAUGGACCAAGAAUGGUGAUGACCUGGUGGUAUCGGCCCGCACGAAAGUAAAGAACUUCAACAAGAUGAUUCAAAUCCCAAAGGCGUCUUUUGAUGAUGUGGGUGAAUACACUUGCGCUGCUACGAAUAAGAUUGGAUACAUUGAGCGCACAAUAACCGUCAGGGUCAAAGCGGCUCCCUUCUGGCUGGAAAAACCCACUGAUCUGGUCUUGGCCCCCGAGGAAAAUGGACGCCUGUUGUGUCGUUCUGAUGGGGCUCCGCGUCCCACAGUCAGCUGGUUCAUCAACGGGGAACCUAUUGAAACGGCUACACCUCAGCCUAACAGACAGGUGUCAGGAGACACGCUGACUUUACAGAGUGUGACCGCUGCAAACACUGCAGUCUAUCAGUGCAAUGUUUCCAAUCAGUUUGGCUACAUGAUGGCCAACGCUUUUGUCAACGUGCUACAUGCAACGCCGCGUAUUGUUGGGCCCAGGAAUGAACUCAUCAAAGUGAUAGAGGGCAGUCAUUCCUUCCUAGACUGCCGCUACUUUGGUUCUCCGGUACCCGAGUUGCGAUGGUCCAGAUAUGGACAGGGUACUCUUGAAGGAAAUCGUUUUAAGACCCACAGUAACGGGACUCUGGAGAUCAAACAAAUACGGAUAGAGGACCAGGGAACUUACCUGUGCAUAGUCAGCAACGUCGCAGGAAGAGAUGAGAGUCAAGUCCGAAUAGAGGUCAAAGAGCCCACUUUAAUUGUCACAAGACCACAGAGCAUGAAAGUCAUCCGUGGAAGCGAUGUGCGCUUUGAGUGCGGUGUACAAGCAGAUGUAACUACUCCCGUCACAACCAACUGGAUGAAAGACAAAAAGCAUGUCACUCUUGGCUGGAGGAUCAGUCUGGAUGAAUCAAAUCUGGUCAUCAGUAAUGUAAACAGAGGUGAUGAGGGUAAUUAUACCUGUGUCAUCAAGAGUGAGCUGGACCAGAAGUCUGCCUCAGCACGCCUAAUGGUGAUGGACCGUCCAGAUCCUCCCACUAAGUUGGAGUUGUCCGAUCCAUAUGAACGCAGUGUAAGACUGAGUUGGGUAGCUGGAUACAGCAACCACAACCCUAUAACAGACUACUUAGUGCAGUAUGAUGAUGAUGACUGGUUGCCUGGUAAGUGGAGAAACCUCUCAACAUACCCAGGGAACCUCAACUCUGUCAUUCUGCAUCUUACACCUUUCACCUACUAUGAGUUUCGGGUAAUCGCCAUCAAUGAAAUCGGAAUGAGUCGCCCCAGUCGUCCAUCCUCGCGCUUCCAGAGCAGCGGUGCUCCCCCAGAUAUCAUCCCAAAGAACAUAAAGGGUGUGGGUACAUGGAGGAAUAACAUGGAGAUCAGCUGGGAGCCUCUGACCUACAGAGAGUGGAACGGGCCCCACCUGAAGUAUCUGGUGUGGUGGAGAAGGAGAGAAUCCCGAGAGGAGUGGAAGAAUGCAACCACUAAAUGGCUGAAGUACUACAUCUACGAUGCAGAUACCUUCACUCCGUAUGACAUCAAAGUCCAGGCUGUCAAUGACUUUGGGUUGGGUCCAGAGUCUCCUGUUGUCAUCGGUUACUCUGGGGAGGACCGUCCCUUAACUGCACCCCUGAACCUGAGAGUGUCUGACAUCGAGAACACUCAGGUGACUUUGCACUGGGAUUCAGUGACACGCGGCUCAAUGAUGGGCGAACUGAAGGAAUACAAGGCCUACUAUUGGAGGGACACCAGCCAGCUGAGGUGGCUGAGGGUCAAUAGAGGGAUGAAGUCUAAAGCGUUUCUAGACAAUGAUCCAGAACCCUCUGGGGUCCUCACUGGGCUCAUUCCCUAUAGCAACUACAAGCUGUAUAUAGUCGUGGCAAACAAUCGAUAUGAAGGGCCACCCAGUAAUAGUAUCCACUUCUCAACGCCUGAGGGAGUACCAUCUGCUCCCAGAUCGUUCAGGAUCCAACAGCGACAUCUAGACAGUAUUUAUGUCGACUGGGACCUUCCAGCAGAACCCAACGGUGUCGUUACUGGAUAUUCCCUCAAGUACCAGACAGUGAAUGCCACCAGGGGAGAGGAGUUGCGAGUUGAGGAGUUCACUCCAAAUAUAACAAGUUUCUCACUCCGGCGAUACGACCGCUACACUCGCUACAGAUUCUCCGUGGCGGCACGGACUCGGAUCGGGAUAGGGGAAUGGCAUACGGAGGAGUCGCCCCACUACACCACUGAAACGUAUGCUCAGGACCAGGUGGACAUCACCACUCAGGGCUGGUUCAUCGGGAUUAUGUGUGCUGUGGCUCUCAUCGUGCUCAUCCUACUCAUAGUCUGCUUCAUCAAGAGGAGCCGAGGGGGGAAAUACCCAGUACGGGAAAAAAAAGAUAUUUCAUUGGAGCCAGUGGAUGACAAAGAUCAGGAGGGAUCAUUUGACUACAGGUCUCUUGAAAGGAUAGCACGAAUCUCCACUCUGCCUUACCCCCGGCGAGAGGAGGAAAGGGGGAUUCAAAGAGGCCAUCUGUCCCUGUUUGUCAUGUGACUUUACCGUGCUUGUACCCUCCACCUUGAAUUAAGAACUUGUGGUGCUUGUGGUUUGUCUGCAGAAGGGAACAGCCGGAGUCUGAGGUGCUGUAAUCCCCUGUGCCGAUGCAGAUUAAGCAACUUUCCUGCAUUUAAAGAAAAUGGCAAAAUAGUUGGGACAAUACUAGAGAUGAGAUGCUUGUUCAUCUGAUGAAAAGCAAGCUUUACCUUUUGUGUUUUGUAUUGCAUUUCCUGUAAAUAAAAAUGCUGUGUGUUUGUGCUUAUGCAUGAGUACAUGUUCAGUUAUCCUGUCAAUGGAGAGACACUCGCUGCACAUCAGAGGAGACAGAAGUGGAUCAGUUUAUCAUGUUGAUAAAAGCAGUUACAAGGACCAACUUUACUACUGUUUUUACAUAUUUUUCUUUCAGCUAAUUUCAAUAAUCAGAUUUGUGUUUAUUUUACGUGUGUUGGCUGUUUAAAAUAAGGGCGGCAUACCAUACUUUUACGAUCAAGGAGGCCAGAAUAUACUCCCUGAACUUAGAUCACAUGCUCUUUGUUUUGUACGCUAGAGUUUAUGGUGCAAUGUGAGAACAUAAAAGUGUUGUUGGUGAUAGCUGGAGGAUUAUAAAAUAUCUCCAGGCACUAAUGAUUCAUUUGCACGGUCUGUUUGCAAAUUGUUCUCUGCUGGGAGGCAAGAGGUCAAACCUUUUAGGGAAUCAUAAAGCCGCCAUAAACCAGCUGUAAAAUCAGAAGUUGCUUAUGUUUCUCUAUGAACUUGACUUAACUGUAUCCCCAUUUUCCUCACGAUGGAGAUGGGUAGAAAUCAUUAAUCUUGAUGUAACAGCUUUAGUUUAUUUGACCCCUAACAUUAUCUGUGUAUUACCACAGUUAUGUCCUUAAUGUAAAUAAAGUGGAAAUAUUUAUUUCUA